GGGAGUAUGAAUCAGCAGCAGCAGAGAAUGGCUGCAGUUGGGACAGACAAAGAGCUCAGUGACCUGCUGGACUUCAGUAUGAUGUUUCCCCUGCCAGUGGCUAAUGGAAAAAACAGACCCACGACCCUAGCAAGCACUCAGUUUGGAGGAUCAGCCCCUCUGGACCCUUCCCAGGGGGCCGUGGCCACGACCCAGCCCUGAAUUUAGGGUCUGAUGGCACAGAGAUGCUGCUCUCCUGGUGAUGCUCUCCUGGUGAUGCUCUCCUGGUGAUGCUCUCCUGGUGAUGCUCUCCUGGUGAUGCUCUCCUGGUGCUGCCUGGCCCCAUGCAAAAUACACGACCUUUGUCCAAAUGGAGCCCCGCAGCUCUGGAAAUGCUGCUUGGAUGCGAGCAGAAGUGGGGAAACGAGUGGCGAAUUCUGCCCUGUGGGGUUUCUGUGCUCUUCGUGGCUCAUUGAGCUUCUCCAGGUUUGUCCUCACGCACAGCACGGGGUGUGGGUCCGACCCAGGAGCGCUGUGCUGGACGUGGGGCAGAGGUGAUGCUGUGCAGCGGGUGGGAAAUGGCCAUGUGUGGAGCUGAUGUCUGGGGCCAUCCCAGUGCUGAUUGUCUCGUAGCAAUCGGGAUCAGAGGUUCUUUGGGCCGGGAGCUGAACUGCUGGUAAGAGCUUAUCCCACACGGGUGGGUUUGGGUUGUGCAGAGCCAGAUGGGGGAUUGGGUUGCGCAGAUCCAGGAGGGUCCUUGCAUGCAGCUGUGCUGCUUUGCUUCCCCUCCUCAUCCCUCUGAGACUUUGGAAUGGGGUUCCCAGAGGCAGAGCACCCCUGUGCUGGCUCCAUCCCACCCCACAGCACGGGGAGCCCAGUGUGAGCAUCGCUGCCUCUUCCAGCCCUUCUGGGUCAGCUCCGAAAUAGAGAACAGCCCUUCACCCCCGGCUCACUUCGUCCUUUUCAAAGCACUGUGGUUUGUUUUUUUUUUGUUCCGUUUCCUUUAAAUAAUGUUCCACAAAGUUGAAACCUUAAGGCUGGUGCUGUUUUUUUUUUGUUUUGUUUUGUUUUGUUUUUUCUUACCCUAAAAUGAGAAAACUGAAAGAUGAACGCACGCAACGCUGUGGUUUGGAUGGCAGAGCUGAGCAGAUUUCUGUGCUGGGGAGUGAGGGGCACUGCAGCCAAGUGGUCAUGGAUGGAGAACACGGUGGGUGGUGGCAGAGCUGGGUUGGUCCAUGCAGGUAUCCAGGGGACGAUGCACUGUGCCAUAGGGCUGUGUCAGCUCCGCUCUCUGCUGCUGCACUUCCAGCACUGCCUUCAUUUUUUGGGCAGGUCUCCCUAUAGGUACAAUAGCUGUCGAAACAGUUUUGUUCCCUGGAGAGAGAGGCUUUGAGGUUUGAACCUUGAUAAAACUGCUUUGAGAUCUGCAGAUAAAGGAGAACGAGACAAUAAGCAGCCAGCAAAGCCGUGCCAGACAAAUCCCCCAUAUCACCACAACAGAGCCGGGCAGGAUGGGGUGGGGAUGGCUUUUGUUAGAGGGCAAACAGCCUUUCCAAAGCUGCCAUGUGGACGUGAUCAGAGGGGUGCAGCCAAGCCCUGACCUUGGCCAUUCACAGAGCUCGUGCCAAGGGGAUCACAGCUGUGGGUUUGGAUGAAAGACCGGGAUCGGGUUCCUGGGGAACGGGAGAUCAAAACAGCUCCACGUUUGACCAAGGAAGGCAGAGCUAUGGUGAAGGCCCCCACUACGGCGAGCACCGGGACCUGCCGUCGCACAACAGCUUGUCUUCAUCUCCAUUCCUGGGACCUGGACUAGUGGGGAAGAGCGGUGAAAGAGCCUCGUACUCCACGUUCGGAAGGGACGCCGGGAUGCCAGGACUGAGCCAGACUGGUUUCCUGCCCAGCGAGAUGGGAAUCGCCAGUCCGAGCACGCUUUCCCCCACAGGAGUGAAGGGGGGGUCGCAGUAUUUUUCUUACCCCAACAACCCUCGCAGGAGAGGUGCUGAGAGCAGCAUAGCAGAUGGACAGCCCAAAAAGGUUCGGAAGGUGCCUCCUGGACUCCCCUCCUCGGUGUAUCCAUCCAACUCAGGUGAUGACUACAGCAGGGAUCCGGCUGGAUACACCCCCUCGAAACCUCCCAGCACUGUGUACCCCGGAGCCUUCUAUAUGGCAGACGGGCUCCACAACUCGCCAGACCUGUGGAGCUCCCCUGGUGCCAUGAGCCAGUCCAGCUACGGGGCCAUGCUGGGCAGUUCCUCCUCCCCUCUCCCGCAGUCCGCCAGCUUCAACAGUUUACAUCAGCAUGAACGCAUGAACUACCAGCUGCAUUCAGGAGAGUUGAAUGGUGGGCUGCCCUCCGUGUCAGGCUUCUCCUCUGCCUCCACCCCAUACGGCGUCUCCAGCCACACACCGCCGAUCAGCGGGACCGACACCAUGAUGGGUAACAGAGGAACCACGGCUGGGAGCUCGGGAGACGCUCUUGGGAAGGCACUAGCUUCAGUAAGAGCUGCUGCACGUCCCCGACUGUUCCCUGCCCCUGCAGACCUCCCUCUGCACCGAGGAGCAUCUAGGCAGUGGGAAGAUGGACGCAUUUAUUCCCCAGAUCACUCUAGCAAUAACUUCUCAUCAAACCCCUCCACGCCGGUCGGCUCCCCGCAGGGCCUUGCAGGCACAUCCCAGUGGUCUCGAGCGGGCGGACAGGGUGCCUUAUCUCCCAGCUACGAAGGGAGCCUCCACACUUUACAAAACAAAAUGGAAGACAGGUUGGACGAAGCCAUCCACGUGCUGAGGAAUCACGCCGUGGGCCAGACGGCCGCCAUGCCGAGCAACCACGGGGACAUGCAUGGGCUGCUGGGCUCUGCACCCGCACACAGUGCUGCUGUGGGCAGCCUGGGCCAGGCCUUCCCUGCCUCCGUCAUGUCCCUGGGGGGCCGGCACCCCAGCCUGGUGGGAGGAGGUCACCCUGAAGACGGGCUGUCCAGCACCCCCAGCAUGCUCCACAACCAUGUCACACUUCCGUCACAGCCCAGCUCACUCCCCGACCUCAACAGGCAGCAGGACACGUACAGUGGCUUGUCAGGGGGGCUGGGGCGAAGCAGCGUCUCCUCGGGAACCAACGAGAUAAAGAGGGAAGAGAAGGAGGAUGAGGAGAACACAUCAGUGGCGGAUAACUCUGAAGAGGAGAAGAAGGAGCUGAAACCCUCCCGGAAUAGAACAAGGUGCUCUUUGAACAGUCAAGAUGAGGAUGAGGAGGACGAUCUUCUUCCCCCAGAGCAAAAAGCCGAGAGAGAGAGAGAAAGGAGGGUCGCCAAUAAUGCCCGUGAGCGCCUGCGGGUCCGUGACAUCAACGAGGCCUUUAAAGAGCUCGGACGCAUGUGCCAACUCCACCUAAACAGCGAAAAACCACAGACCAAACUGCUAAUCCUCCACCAGGCCGUAUCAGUCAUACUGAACCUGGAGCAACAAGUUAGAGAGCGCAAUCUGAACCCCAAAGCGGCCUGCUUGAAGCGUCGGGAAGAGGAGAAAGUGUCCGGAGUGGUGGGAGACCCCCAGAUGACGCUUUCAGCUUCUCAUCCUGGUCUCGGAGACGGUCACAACCCCGUUGGACACAUGUAAAGAUCCUUUUGUUCCUCCGGAUGCAGAGACCCGUAGGAUGCAAACCCUCGCUGUGAUCUGCGACCUUCCCGAACCAUGAACUUUAGUCCUGCUCAUACUGACACACGUGGACGGAUCCUGGCGUGACGUAAGGGGUGGAAAUGAAACACUUUGUCUGAAACGAAAGCAAACAAAACAGAAAAUUGCCUUAAGUAUAAAGCGCGGAACAGUCAAUACAUAUCACUCAGUUAGGAGGGGGUGGCGUGUUCUCUUGGCUUGUUCACAAGCAGCCAGCAGCAAAAUUGUGCCUAAGCUUAAUAUUCCUCUUUUUUUUUUUAUUUUAAACGACGACGACGAGGAGAUAAAAAAAAAAAAGAAAAAAAAAAAAAAGAACAUUAGUUAUGAGAUUUUUUUAUGUAGAACAAAUAGCGAUGCCUUUUGGGUUUUGGUUUUUUUUUUGGGUUUUUUUGUUUUUUUUAAGCUUCUUUUGCAUAUGUUUUGUAAGCAACGAAAAGGGUUUUGUUUUGGUUUUUUUUGUUUUGUUCUUUUUUUUUUUUUUUUAUUGUAUAAAAAAAAUGUCUUGUACCCCCCACGCUUUUCUGCUGCUGUUUCUAUAGUUAACGUUGCAUCUUUAGGAUCAACCAGAAUAUUAAAGUUGUAUUAAGAGAGACUGGAUAUAAAGAGAGGGAUUCUCAGAUUCGGCUCUGAAAGCCACUAAAAGCGAAUGUAGCCACAGCAAGGAGGUGUCGGUCCUUGCCCGGCUGGAACCUUCCAUUGCAAAACAAAACUCGUGCUGAAUUCUCCAUCUCUUUGCUUUGGCCACUUCUGAUUUGGGAAAAGGAAGUCAACCAGCAGCGCCCAGCUCCUCCCAGGAGGAGAACCCCCCCCAGCACGGGGCCGUGCCGGAUCCCCUUCGCUCCUGUUGGCUGCUGGCCCAAGGAGCACCGUGAUGGGAGGACAGGAGCGCGCACAGGGCCUGCAAGGGAACAACGAGGGAUGGCUGAGCUCCCAAGGUAAGCAGAGCUGCAGCGGAUGGAAGCUGCCCACGCCUGCAAGUGGCCGCCUGGAGCCCGAGGCGCUUCCAUGGGCAGCGCUGAACAAAGAUGACCGAACAAAGCUGGAGGCAGCGGGAAGAGGCAGCGGCAGAUGGAGCGGCGGCAGCAGUGGGGACGCAGUGCCCGGUGAUGUGGGAGCGGAUGGACGCACAGACACGGGCAGCUCAGCCCCCUGCCACGGCUGCGGUGUGAUCCCAAACCCGCUGCAGAGCCGCAGCCGUCAGAAGUGGCAGCGCUGCAGGAAGAGGGGCGGCUCUGCAUCCCACUGCCACAUCUCCAGAGCGUCCCUGGAGGUCGCACGCUGCCCACCCUGCCGUGGGGACGUGGGGCAGCCGAUGUCAUCUGCACGCACACGAAAGGAGGGCGGCAGUGGGCACCCACCCCACGCAGCGCUCCGGCAGCCGAGCUGUGCUGCGCUCCCUUCGCUCUGCGCCGUGCCAGGUCAGCACAGAUGUGCCCAGCAGGAGGAAACCCCAGAACACGAAGGCUGCAGGAGGCGCCGAGCCUUUCUGAAGUUGGCAACGGAAGAGCAUCCACCAGGAUUCUGGUUUUCUGUUUCUUCCCUCUCCUUCGCCAAAAUCGCUUCCAAAAUGUUUUCUGCCCUCUUCUUCCCAGCUCGGUGGGCUGAUGGUGCCCCAGAAUGAUGCCGUACCCCAUUCCGUCGCAGUCUGCGGUGCUCUGGAAGUGGGGUCAGCUGCCUCCAUGGGGCAGGACAGGCUGUGGGGCGGGAGCUGUUCUGGGGGCACGUGGGGACAGCAAGCGCAGCUGGGGCUCCAGCAGCAGGGUCUGUCUCUGUCCUUUGUUUUUGGGCCCUGUGCUCCUGGGAGAGCUGUAUUGCUUCAGUGCAGGGAAAGGGAAGGGCUAGCAAGCAGCAUGAGGUGCCGUGGCAUUUCCUUGGUGUAACCUGGUCCUUUGUAGCUCUGCUUUGUGCUCCGGCAAAGGUUGCUGGAAGCACUCUGGAUGUUGCUCAUCUGCCCAUGGCAAUGGCUCAGAAUGGGGCCGGGUGCUGGAGCAGGAUGGGACCAUCUCUCCCUGCUGGGACGCUGCGAGGUGUAGGAAGCUAUGUUGGAUGCUUCUGGCUUUCCCUGCUCUCAGCAUCACCUCUGUGGGGUGAGACCUGAGAGCAGGGCAGCCUCCUGCACCACCCCGUGAGCUUGCUGGCUUACAGCUCUGGGUUCUGCCUGUGGGACAGCCCUGCAGCAGAGCUGCAUCCCCCCCAGAGCACCCCGCAAAGUCCCAGCCCUGCAAGCCCAAAACCACGCAGAAAGCUUUAGAAGUGCUUCCUUGACAUGUUGAUUUAGCAACAAGAAUUUGAGAAGGUGGUCGUGUACAGAUGGAUCUAAAGAAAAUCUCCUAUUCUAUAAAAAUCCAUAAGCUGUCAGCAAAAUUGAUGAUUUCUUGUUAGCAAAACUAGCCAACUUCUUGGCAGGGCACAAACAAAGGCCCCUGAGCACAAACGGAGCAGUGCCGGAGCUUGGGGAGGUUUUGGUGCCUCUGUUCUGCACAGGACAGCACAGUGGGGACGUGGCAUUGCUGUGCCCCCGCUCGUGUCUCACUGCAGUGCUGAGCUAUGGGGCAGGAGCCAGGUCACAGCCUGUGCAGCUCAGGGCUGGGAGCAGCGGAUGCAGAUGCUCUGCGGGAGCUGAGGCAGUGCAGGAUGGUGCUCUGCCGUCCCAUCGCUCAGGGGAUGGGGUCUGUGCUUGGCAUUGGGAGUUUUUGCCCUCUCUGGAUGAGAAAUGCAGAACUGGGACCUUCCCAGCCGUGAUUUGGGCGAGCAGCCGGCGCGGUGAGACGGUUUCUUUGAGGUUAUGCUUGAGCAGGAGGGGCAGAAGCAGGCUGGGAUUUCCCCAGGAGUCUGCAAUUUCAGGUUCAGUGCAGAAGCCUCUCUCAAAGGUGCUCUGUGUCUGAGGCAUUCUGAAGCCAGCAGAGCCCUCACCCCCCCCCCCCCCCCAGCUGAGGCCCUUGACAACCGGGAGGCUUCUGAAUGCCCAUUCCCAUCCCCUCCGUCCCUGAGUUUUGCCUUUAUGGAGUGAUGUCUCAGCGGAGCCUGCAGCCCUGCUGCGUGCUGUGCCAGCCCCUGGCCUGGGGCUUUAGAACAGAGCUGGGGAUGGGGAGGUGGAGCAGCGUUGGGCUGGGACAAGCAGAGAGCCCCACACACAGCAUGGCCAACCCACAGCAUGCCACGGCCGCUGGAUUCCCCCAUUCCUGCUUAACACCAGCACUAGCAAGACCUGAUUGCUGUACCACAGGCUUGCACGAGGUCUUUGCCCUGUUAAAUCCUAUGCAACCCCCUCUCCUCUCCCUCAGGGCUCUGCAGGUCCCAGCCCAGCCCCUUCUCUCUGCUCUCUCUGUGCCCGCUGAGCCCCACUGCUCCCAGGGUGCAGCUUCAUUUCCAGCAGCUCCAAAAGCAUUUCCAGACCUGUGCCCUGAGACCGUGGGUCGGGUGAGUGGUGAGAAGCAGGAGCAGCCCCCAGCACUGACCUGGGGAAGGCAGGCCUGUCCUAGGGCUCUCCAUGCACGCUUCCCCCUCCUGUGCCUUCUGCGCGGUGCUCCGCCAGCAUCCUCCGUCCUGCAGUAGUUGGGAAUGGAGCUCUGCGGGCUGCUCUGCCGGCACCUGCUUUGGCUGCUCUUCCUUGGGCAGGAGCAGGGGCUCCACGCCAGUAUUUCUGUCCCUGGGUCCUGUGCCACCCGCCCUGCUCCAGCCCAGCACCCAUUGCAGCGGAAGGAGGGCAGAGAAAACCCCUCUCACCCCUUCCACAGCUGCAGUGGGGAAGCAGUGGGGUUAUGCCCCAACCCAGGGCGUGCUGAGGGUGCAGCAGAGCAUCCCCGCAGCCGUGCCCCCUCCCCGUGUCCCCACACCACCCAAAAGCCACCAGCGUCCGAGCAAACAGCAGCACAGGGACACGGGGAGGCCCCCACCAGCAGAAUUUGGUCGUGGGGGUGGAGAGGGGGCACCAAGUGGGGGGUGGGAGUGAUUCGUUUUCCAAGGAGCUCAUUGGCAAAACGAAGCAUCCCGUGGUUGCUCUUUCUUAUAUAUUUUUGUAGGACAGGGCGGGACGGGAGAGCAGAUGGGAGAUGCCUGCAGAAGUUAUUUUUAACCCCACAUAAAGUUUUAGGUUGGUUUCGGGGUGGUUUUUUUUUGGCCUUUAAAUGAGAAAAAAAAUGAAAUGAAAUGGUCCUUGCUUUUGAUGUCUAUGCUGCCUACCUGUAAAUCCAGAUGUACUUAAGUGGCUGAAAUCCUUGUUCUUAAAUCAGAUACACAUUAUAGUUUUGAACUAUAUAUAUAGUAAAUAUAUAUAUAUAUAUGCCUAACCCAGCAAAAAUAAAAAAAAUAAGAAAAUAAAGUAUUUGGGGGUGGGGAAAUGCAUUGCUCUUUGAAAUGAAUCACAAUUGGGGGAUGAAAUUGUGUUUCUGAGUGCCUCGAGAUAAGAAUUGUUUUCAUUUUUUUAAAUAAUUUUAUACAAGUGUCAAAACAGCUGGCUGGAUUAUUUGGAAUUUUUAAAUAAUCCUAACUUUUUUAAAGUAGAUUUUGAGAACUGUCCUGUAUAUAACAGUAAUGUAGCAAUAAAUGUGACAUUUUAUAACAAUA